AUGGUGCGCUUUGCUGACGCGUACAUCGGCCGCUCCAAGUACGCCGUGUUGAUGGUGGCCGAGAAGCCCUCCAUCGCGGCAGCCCUGACAGAGGCGCUCUGCCCGCAGCGGAGCGGCGCGUCGAAGCGCAGGGCGACGUCGCCGUCCUCGCCGGUCCAUGAGUACAGCGGGACUUUUCUCCGUCAACCCGCCAGGUUUCGGGUCACUGCCACGACGGGCCACGUGUACUCCUUGGACUUCAGUCAGGAGUACAAUAACUGGGAGACGCACAGUCCAGACUCUCUGUUCAGCGCAACGACCGUCCGCACCUACGACGGCAGGGCGAACAUGCCUGCGCACAUAGCGGCUGAGGCCAAAGACUGCGACAUCUUGGUGCUCUGGCUCGACUGCGAUCGCGAAGGCGAGAACAUCUGCUUCGAGGUGCUUGAGUUAGCACUGCCGCACAUGCGGCCCGCGCCCGUUGGUGCCUUCCCGGACGCAUACAGGGGCUGCGUCUACCGUGCUAGGUUCUCGUCCCUGGCGCCACAGGAUCUGCAGGCCGCAAUGAUGCAGCUUGCGCAGCCCAACCGCGACGAAGCACUCUCCGUCGAUGCCCGGCAGGAGCUGGAUUUGCGAGUCGGGGUGGCUUUCUCGAGGCUACAGACCAUGUACUUCAGGAAGCACUUUGGGCGACAGCUGGGCAAGCAGAUGGUCACGUACGGGCCUUGCCAAAUACCGACUCUCUGGUUCUGCGUCCACCGGCACGUGGCCAUCGUUGACUUUGUACCGGAACCUUACUGGCAGCUUACUGCCACGGUGUCUGCAGGCCAGCGGAGUUUCCAAGCUCAGUGUGACCAGGGGAGGAUUUGGAACGAAACAGAGGCCCAGGCCUUACUCGGCUCGGUCGAGGCGACGACGGGAUCCCGAUCCCCGACGAGCCUCCGAUGCUGGUCCCAUGCCCAGCGGAAAGGUCCAGUGUGUCUCGGAGACCCAGGCCGCUGA